AGGAGCUUGCAGAGCUAAACUAUGAUCCAUCAUUCCCUGUAAGGUAUGUAAAGCAAUGUUUUUGGUUUACUCUAUGUCGAUGCCGACUCGAUGAAGCCAGUUACUGUACAUGUCACAAUAUAGAUAUGGAUUAUUCCCACAAAACGUCCACACGAUUUUCAUAGCGAGAGCUUAUCGUUCACUCAGUUGAUGUAGUGACGUCACUCCAAGCUUAUGAACCUAACUCUGUCCCUAACCCCAUCCCUGACCCUGUCCAUCCCUAACACUGUCCCAUUUUCCCUAACCCUAACGUUUCCCACGAAUCUUCGGUGUGACGUUACUACUUAGUACAUGAACUGUGUGCAGGAUAGUUUUUCCAAAUUUCCUGGCAAUAGUUUCCCCUACCAAAAAUGUGACCACAAACAAACAAACAAACAAACAAACAAACAAACAAACAAACAAACAAACAAACAAACAAACAAACAAACAAACAAACAAACAAACAAACAAACAAACAAACAAACAAACAAACAAACAAACAAGAAAAACACAAUUUGCUUCUCUGUCUUCCCAUUAAUUUGUAUACAGUACUUUGCCCGAAUAUUAGGUUGGAGAGUUUUUCCCCCGCAUGUCGAAGUCUUUGGCUAGAUUCAAGUAGAUUGUAACCUUUACUUUAGUUACUUUAAUUCACUUUAGGGGUCUUUUGUUUGACACUGAGCUUGGCAAUUUGCUGAAGGUAAGUAAUAAGUAUUAUCUAAAAGUUAAAACCGUAUUUGUACAGUACCUAAUCAUAUGUCUGCUUCAUAUACCUAAUUUUAGUCGGUGUGCAGUGAUAGCAUCUGUUGUGAUUUAGUUUUUAAAUAAUACAUGGAUCACGCUCUAAUUAUACAUGGAUCUGUUACAGUACAUCUUGAUCAUCACUUUGAUUAUUUUAGGUUGACACUUAUGGAAAUAUUCUUAUCUGUGUUCAUGGUUUUGACUUCUGUCCAAGGUAAGUACAGGAAUACUGUACUUGAAAGACGUUGGACCCAUUUAGCCAUUCCGAAGUUGAUGAGUGGACUGGGGACGAGUGUUAAAAAGUGCCCAAAUUAAGAAAUGAACCAAAUCACUAAAAAGACCACCUCAAAGUUAGUAAGUAUACAAAGUUUGAAGACGUUUACAUGAAUACCCUUCGAAUAAUAAGCUUUCAAAUAUCGUGAAAUUACUGAUUAAAAGAUUGUUUUUGGGACGCGCGUCCCAAAAACAAAAAUUACAAUACAUUUCAUAGUAAAUAUCACGAUUUUCGAAAGCUUAUUAUUCGAAGGAUAUUCAUCUAAACAUCUUCAAACUUUGUAUACUUACUAAUUUUGAGGUGGUCUUUUUAGUGAUUAGGUUCAUUUCUUAAUUUGGGCACUUUUUAACACUCGUCCCCAGUCCACUCAUCAACUUCGGAAUGGCUAAUUCAAAUCUCGUUUCUGCCACAUUUCAUAUAGAUCAGUUGAUUUUACCUAGACUCAUGUGAUAUUAUUUUCCCAUCUUCUUUUCAGCUCGUAUAUUAGGAAAGUUUAUCAGAAUAAAUUUGUCGAUGUAAGAUUUACCACUUUUAUUGCUAUAAUAAUCUUUAAUAUACGGCUUUAUUAUUUAGCAAGUGUCAAAGUGCUAUUUUCCUGCUUACUCAUUGGACAAAACCGUAUCACGUGCUCGUCCACAAAACGUCACGUUCACUGCAUGCUUUGGUGAGGGGGCAACCGGUCAACAAUGAAACAAUUAGGUCAAACAUCGACGGUCUCGGGUCCACAAAACACACUGUUUCCCUCGGUCUCAGUAAAUAAGUGAUAAUUGUCAUUCCUCCAAGGGCAUGUUCAUAUGAGCCCAACUUACCGGAAAACUUGCUUUAGUGAGAUCCGCAUGUCUUUAUUAAUGGUUAUAAAAAUCAUUCAUGUUGUGUUAAUAUGAGAGAGCCAGCCCUUGAUAUCACAUCUCGCGCUAGGUGGGAUUUCAGUCGCCUGUUCUUUAUUGCCUUCUCGUGAUGAUUUUUUUUCACAUUUUAGCCGGACAGUGAUCGAUAUUUCAUAUUGAAUUCAAUAUACAACUUGCCAGGUAAGUAAGAUCAAGGUGAUGCGAAGUAUUAGAAAUUCAAAGUUUUUUCAGUCCCCACCCCGGCUAUAAAUGACCAGUCCCUUGUGUUUUCUGAUUUAGAGGUUUAUCUUAUCGCGUGUCUAGUCAAUCAUUUUGAUCAUAGUGAACAUUAUAAAAGGUAAUUUCCUUGCAAGGCGUGUUACACGAGGAAAUUUUUGUGGUGCAACUUGCAACGCAAUUUCUUCCGACACUUUGCAUCCCAUUUCUUUCAUUUUUCAAGUGUCGGCAGAGUGGACUGCUGGUCAUACUCAUAAUGACAUGAUUUCCCUGUGACUACACUUUUUAGAUAACAUGGGCCUGUAUCCGAAAUUGCAUUGCAAGUUGCAGCAAAGUAACAUGGCUUUAACUUUUAUUGCUACUAAUUAUUGUUGUGUUAACGGCUGUUCAGUCCUGCUGUGCGGAAUGUUGAUAGCGAGUAACGUUUUGUUCCUAGGAUCAAUACAGGUGUGAAAUGUGACCCGGUUGUACUGUCCUAUCGAAGUAUGCAUCAAGAUGUCAGGGCUGCCAUGGAUUACCUACACGAUUGUGUAUGUAGACAUUAAUUACCAUUUUUAUGCGCAUUACGGUGUUGUAACGAGUCGAGUCAUUAACUCGUACUCGAAUCGACUCAACUUGCUGAUAUCGUAAAUGACUCAGUCAUUGACUGAGUUGACUCAGCCACAACUUGUUCAGAUUAAAUUCAUCAAAAAUGUUAUGGUCUGAGAGAACAAUGAGGCCUUUCUCGAUCACUUGAUUUCUGACUGCCGUUGGUUAAUCGGAUAGAUCAAACGUAUGUGAUUAGUAGUGGAAGUCAAAUCUGAACCUCUCCAUACUGUGAUUGUAGAUCUUUUUGAAAAGGAGAAUUGUAAUUUUAUGUAUUCAUACUUUAUUUAGGAAGGGCUAAAAAAUGAAACGUUGAAAAAUAUUGACAAAUAUGUUAUUAAAGAUGUAAGUAUCAUCAGAUUUCUUUUAUAUAAUUCAGAAGACACAAGUGAUAAUAUUCGUUUCCAUGCAUAUAUACCAAAAAACACGCAGCUCACAAAAUUUUUAAUGGGGUGUGCUCGAAACAAGGACAUUGAAAGUCUUUUCAAUAUCCAUUGUACCACUGGUUUGUUACAAGCUGUACGUAUGGGCAGACUUCAGAGUCAUUUAAUGUUAAUUUCAAUUUUGUUUUUUAGCCAAGGUUGCCCAAGUUGCUACACAGGUAUAUUUAUUUUAUUUUAAUUAUAUAAGUAAGUACUGUAAGUAAGUGAGUUGUGUAAUGCAUUAAAGGGAGAUGUUUUCUUUCUCCAGAAUGAAGGAACACAAUCGUAAAACGUUUGUCCUGACGAAUAGUGAUUACAAUUAUACAGAGGUAAAAAUUGUUCAUUGGACCAACUACCUUCAAUAGCUUGUGUUUUAGCUUCGAAAAGCCUUGAUUGUUGUUGUUGUUGUUGUUGUUGCUGUUGUUGUUGUUGUUGUUGUUGUUGUUGUUGUUGUUGUUGGGUUUGUAACCAUUCAGUUCUUAGCAUAUAUGAUUAUUCUCCUUUAGCAAAUCAUGACGUAUCUCUUUGAUUUUCCACAUGGACCAGAGGUAAUGUGCAGCAUGAGUUCGAACACUGUUCACCUUGAUUCUCCUGUUGUAAAACUGAAUAAAUAAGGAAUGGCCUUUACUGCACAUUUAUAGGACUUCUACAUAUUCAUGGAGCAUUUUUAGAACAGAUAGAGCUAUACGAUUACAAUAGUAUUAUAUGUAUUUUAUAUGUAUUUUAACAGCCAAACACGCCACAUCGAAACUGGAAGACGUACUUUGACUAUGUCGUUGUUGACGCGAAGAAACCUCUUUUCUUUGGAAAAGGUUAGUUUCACGGACAACCUUCGCCUUAUGAACUGCAUUGCUAAGUCUAAAAGGACGCAAAUUUAAGAUUAUUUUCUUUUUAAGGAACUCUGAUCAGAGAAGUUGACAAGGUACAAUUAGAAUAUAUAACUAUCAGCUAGCCUAGACUAGUACUUGUGAUUUGAUUGUAUUUACUGUAGUAAUUAAUUUCCACUCGCAGUAUAUUGUGCCGUGUAUACGAUACUGAAAAACUGUCCACCUAUUUGUAACAAGUCCGCCAUCAAGACAGCAUUUGUUAUAUGUUGGAACAUGCUGUUCUCAUCUUGCAACAAAUGUCGUCAGAUUUGUAACAAGUUGGUCCAACAUAUUGUCCGAAUCGUAUUGUAAGGUUGGUGUUAAAUAACAUUUUCGAUUACAGGCUACAGGCACGCUGAAGAUUGGUUCUUAUGCUGGUGCACUAAUGAAGGAACAGAUUUAUUCUGGAGGUACUGUAUGUCCACUCAUUUAGAUCAUAUUGUCAGGCCUGGAAAAAAUAUUUCUUUCUGUGACCAUUAUGACAGAACACCAAUUUAUUUAGUACUAUACAAUACAUUGUUUAAGUUUUUAGACUUGUUGUUUGUUUCUUUUUUCAUCAUGUCUAUUUCAUUCAUUCGUUUUGUCUUUCUUUUCCCCUCCAUCCAAAAAUUUUCCGAUAUUUAAACUGAAAAAAUUCUUCAUAUUGUUGUUGAAUUUAUUUUGUUCAUUUGUUGUUUCCCAAAAAUGUAUCUUUUCACUUUUAGGAUCAUCAGAAGUUUUCUGUCAGCUGAUCGGAGCGGAUGGAAAGGUGGUUAUCGGUUUCUACAAACACAGUAUAAACAUAAUACUUGAAUAAUAAUAAUAAUAAUAAUAAUAAUAAUAAUAAUAAUAAUAAUAAUAAUAAUAAUACAUACGAUUACAACAGGAACAUGUUUAAUUCGAAAAUUUCUUUAUUUCAGGACAUUCUUUAUGUUGGUGAUCAUAUUUUUGGAGAUAUUCUUAAAUCAAAGAAAACUAGUGGGUGGAGGUAAGAUGACACGGCAACAACAACAACAACAACAACAACAACAACAACAACAACAACAACAACAACAACAACAACAAACAUACAUACAUACAUACAUACAGUUAUAGUUUCUUCUACAAUAUUUAAAGUUUUGUUGAUCCCUGUACAGUAUUUCACUAUAGACGUUACCGGAUGUGAUGCAGUUACAUGAAUUGCAAAUUAGUUUUCCAAAAAUCUGAAAACUUUGAUAGUGAGAAGCUUGAUCAACAUGAGGAGAUAAAUGUAACAGUAUUAAGGCCGACUUACAAUACAUAACUUUUACCUGCUUACAACUUGAGUUGUACUGUGUAAAUCAAGCACACGACUCGCUUACGUUGUCCUUGAUUUACACAGUACAACUCAAGUUGUACAGGCAAAAGUUGUGUGGUGUAAUCAGCUUUUAUAUGCAUGUAUCUUAGAAUGACCAAGAUAUUACUUAUACCAAAAAUUAUAUUUGGGGUUACUGACUUACUGGACUAAAUAGAUUAUCUUGUUCUCUCUUGUCUUGACUCAAUCUUAAAUAUUCAAUGCUGCAAUUUUUAUUUUUGUUUUGAUGUUCUUGUUUUUAAGGACGUAUCUUGUUGUGCCAGAGCUUUCGAAAGAAUUGGACAUUUGGACGGCCAGACAAGGUAAAUUUUAUGCAAAACGAAAUUUAGAUAUCUUCAAAUUCUUGUGAAUAAUUUUGUUCUUCAUAAUUUCUCUUUUAGAUUUGUUUUCGGGGCUGAAAGAACUGGACGUUGAAAUGGCCGAAGCAUACCGGUAAUGUUCUAAAAACUAUUUCUUACAGUAUAUGCCGUUAUUCCACACAGUCUGUCAAGUUAGGAUGUGUAGUAAUACCCCUUGUAGUUGCUGUCCUAAGCCAUUCCUUAAACUUUUCUUGGGAAAGGAAACCAAAGAGUUCUCCAUCUUUUUGCUCUAGCAAUCUGGAUGCGUACAGUACUCAUGAUCCUGAUGUAGAUAACAUCAAGAAAUCAAUCAAGGUCAGUCCCAUGUUGCUUUUUUGUAAUUUUUCAUCCAGACAUGUUCUCUUUGUCAUUCGGAACGAGUAAAUCCAUUUACCAAGUCAAAUCCGAGUCUGAAUCAAUUCCGAGUCAAAUGUCCAAGUCACGUAAAAAAAGACGAAAUUGAAUAAAAUUUACAAUCGAAUAGGGUUAGGAGUAGGGUCAGGGUACUAAGUCAUUGAACUACAAAAACCGCUAAACAGUGACUCGGACAUUUGACUCGGGCUCGGAUUUGACUCGGUCAACCAACAAACUCCACUCUGAACGAUGACGUUAGAAAGUUCCGUUACCUUCACAUGAUGUUUGCACAUUUUGAACAUGGUGUCGAAACAUUGAAUCGUAAUUUGUUGAGGAUUGCAUUCGUUUAUUGACCCCAGAGUGAAAACAUGUCUGAUAUGUUCGUUUUCUUAGGAAACUACCCACCAUAUGGAAAUGUGCUAUGGCAAGUUGGGAAGUCUGUUCCGAAGUGGUAAGUACGUGUAAUUAGAUGGCUGGUAUUUAUUUCAAUGGGAGAGAUGUUGCUCCAAAGACAGAUUCCAAACGUAUUCUUCUGUUUUAGGUUCUCGUCAAACAUUUUUCGCGAGCCAAGCUACUCGUUAUGCUGAUGUGUAUGCGGCAUCUCCUAUGAAUUUACUUUACUAUCCUUUCACAUACCUGUUUCGAUCUCCUGCGCAGUUGGUGAGUUGUGUAUAUCUUUAUACAGUAACCCUAGUUCGAUUGGUAACUCAAAUAAAUUGUAAGUUUAACCUGUAUAGAUUAGGUUCAAACUUACCCAGGCCAAAUGUUUCUGACAAAUGUUUUAUAAGCCUUUCCACCUGAUCUAGAAGACAUAGGUAUGAAACAAAGUUUCCCCAACAGUGUUUCUUAAGCCGUAUUUACACUACGAGCCUUAGCCUGAGCCUUGCUUUGGCCUGAGCCUUGCUUUCUGUUCAGCCUGAGCAUUGGUGCCUUCAGCCUGAGCCUUUCUUUGCCUUUGCCCCGAGCCUUGCUUUGGCCUACAGUGGAGCGUACGGAACUACAGGGUGAGCAAAUUGAACCCCUUACUGGAACUCUCUUUGUGUUACAGUAUGAGCCCCCAGCUUGAACUGAAAAGGGCCCGUUGAUCUACCAUUCAUAGCGCCGAGGGGGGGGGGAGGGUCGGUUAGCUACUAAAUGUAAUUAUAACUGCUUAUUCGUUUUUCCGUACCUGUACACCAUUACCGCCGAUAUCAUAGACUCUAGCCACUGACUCUAAGAUAGCCUGCGAGCAGGCUAAGUUUUAGGUUACAUCAACAAUUUAACCAAGAUAGAUUAUGUUAGUUUACUUCAUACAUGCAGAUAAUAUUAUAUCAAUAUCGAUAUUUUCUCCAGAUGCCGCACGAGUCAACAGUUGAUCACUCAGAGCAACGAUGCGAACACAUGGACCCACCCAGCAUGCAGUAUCAGUGGGAGAGUUUCGUUGUGGAAGAUGAUGAUCAUGAACCCAAGAUCGCGCUGGCAUUUGAUCUCGAUGAAGAAGAUGAAGAUUCCUCGGGCAGUGACGAACAGAGACGACAAAGCGCUGCUGGCGAAGGAAAUUAAUGAAUACCUCCAGUCCUUCACAAUCGAGGUUUGCAAAACGUUUUUUCUACGGUGUUACACUUGGUGCUCAACUUCAAAUGUAUAUUGGCAUUUAUGGGAGCAAGAAAAUUAUACUAUCUUUUUCUCUUUGAGGGUUGCCACGGCAGGCAAGCUGAAAUGUUGGCUUCACCGCGGUGGGGAUCGAACCUGCGGCCCUUCGUUUGCCUGCCCAAUGCUCCUCCAAGGUCAAGUCGGUUCGAGUGCGUGAUAUUUCAGAACGUUUAGUUUUCCGAUAUCAGUAUACACUGAUAUCAAAAUACCGACUUGACUUCGUAGCUCAGUUGGUAGAGCAUAAAGGUCGCGGGUUCGAUUAAUUUCAGGGUCGGAGUUCAUUUAACUCAUGUGCAGUUAUUAUGAACCUCAUUUAAUUCCACUGGAGUUAAAUGAACUCCCUGAAGUUACCAGAUUCAAACAAAAUGUCCAGCUUGCCCGCUAUGGACGCACUCAGUGAGCGUCAUCACUGCAAAAAUCUGAGUACAAUAAUGCACGUACAGUGACUCAAUUUUUUUGAGCAAAAGAUGAGUAAAAUUGUUCAUAAAUUUGAGUAAGUGCAUUAUUUCACUCAAGUUUUCGAUUCAAAAUGUUUUGCAGUGAUCUUAAAUAUAGCUCCAGCUGAGUUAAAUACCACAAUCGUUACAUUCAUGAUAACUGACAAAUGUAGUUACUGUAAGCUCUCUUCUUGCAUCUGCUACGGAUCAAAUGGGGGAUUUUCAGCCGGACGGACUAAGAUUUUAGCCGCCUGCUACAGUUUGAACUUUUACUCAAAUCAUCUGGCCGAUUAUAUACGCUCGAGCUAGAGUUAAACACAUAUAUACACUGUACACUCUUACAUUUUUCACCAAAUAUAUAGUUAUUCGUUAAUUAUUCGAUCGCAUACUGUAAAUAUGAAUCAUUUUAAAAUUCAAACAAAUUAUGGGGACAAUUAUUUUACAUGUAUAUAAAUAUGUAUACAGGGUGUCCCCAAAAAAAGUGACACUAUAGAAAUUAUCUCACUGUUCUUAAGCCGCUCUUAAACGCACGUGCAUUACACGCCUGGGAAUUUACUGAACUUCUAUUGACAUUUAAGCAUUUUAAAACGUUUUCGCUUUGUCCAAAUAUUUUAACGCCCGAGUCAAGCAAAACGAUUACACUAAUAAACGGUUUGCUUUUUUCAUUUUAAAUUCCAGAAGCAGAAGUUUAUGCACCUAUGGGAUCAACUUAAUGCUAGGGCAUUCAAAUUAUAACAAUAGGAUAAUUUCUAUAGUGUCACUUUUUUGGGGGACACCCUGUACAUAUGGGUUAAUAUUUCAGUGUUAUAUUCAAUAUGUAACAAUAUAUUCAACGUAGUUAGAGUUUUGUGUUGUUUUGUGUUAUAAUGUAAGUUUGGUCAAAGUUACUACAGUAGUUUGGUGAGCUCUUGUUGUGAAGAGGAUCGCUCCAAACCCUCCCAUUUUCCAAAACAGUUUUAAAUGUAAAGUGGG